GAACAAUACACGCAGGCCCAAAUUUUGGAGUUCAAUCGACAAGUACGGACACAGAUCCAAAAUUUUGUCGCCAAUUGCUGAGGCUACAACUCGCGGACCACUACCACUUGGUUUGCAACUCGCCUGAUUGGUAUCAAUACUAUGGCAUAUAAAAAACUCAAUGAGCUGACGACAAAAGGAGAAUCAAUGACCAUUAAAGUGAAAGUCAUAAGAAUAUGGGAUUCAAUUAAUAAUGCAACUGAUGAACUCAUGAGCUUGGAUAUGAUCUUGCUGGAUGAACAGGGCGAAGUUAUUCAUGCUACUAUCUGGAAGAAUCUAAUAGAUACUUAUAGACCACAGAUCAAUGAGAAAGCUAUAUAUGCAUUCAGUAAUUUCAAAGUUCAGGAAUCCAGCAGAUACCGUCCAUUGAGCAAUUCGAUUAAAAUUGUUUUCAUGUAUAAUACAAAGGUGAAACAGGUGAAUGAAGAAUCAGAUAAGUUCCAGGAAUACUACUUUGAAUUUGCUACAAAAGACAAACUACUAGAACGAGAAAAUAAAGAUAAACAAUGCUCAGACAUAAUUGGGUUACUUACCAGUAUUAAACCAGUACAAGAGAGAACAAUAAUGAGGAAUACAUCAAGUCAGCGUACUAAAGAUAUCCGCGAGAUUGAACUUCUCCUGUUAGAGGGUGAAAAAAUCAGGAUAACAUUAUGGGGGAAGCUAGCACAUUAUCUGAAUGAAGAUGUAAUUGGAAAGCAUACAGUUGUUAUUGUUACAUCAACCAUGGUUGAAACCUCAAUGUUCAAAAGUCUCUCUUUGAAGAGUACUAGCGCUACAAGAUUAUAUACAGAUUUAGAUGUAACAGAAACUUGGCAACUCAUUGACAGGUACUCAAACGAUGAAACUUUACCGAAAAUAAUGGAGGUAGACAAAAGUAUACAAGGGACAGUAGAGGAGCAAAUGUUUUACAACAGAAGAACAUUACAGGAAAUCACGGAAAUGAGACAUGACAACCCAACAGAUCAAGAUUUUGUAUUUACAUCAAAAGCUAGGAUAGAUAAGAUACAAGAAAAUGCUAGGUGGUGGUACAUGUCAUGCAAGUAUUGCAACAAAAUGUGUGAUAAAAUAGACGAGAAGUAUUAUUGCAAUAACUGCGACAAAUAUCCCAACAAGACAACACCUAGAUAUUUUCUUCGACUGCAAAUAAGUGACUCUAUAACAACUACAAUAUGCACUGUAUUUGAUGAUGAAGCACAAAGAAUGGUCAACACAUCUAUCUCAAACUUACUGGAUUCCCUUAAUGGAAGCUGUGAAGACGUGCCCAAGAUUAUACAACAAUUAUAUGGAAAAAUAUUUAUCUUUCGAUUCAAGCUGAGCAACCAAAACUUGACUGAAGGGAAGGCAGGCUAUUUAGUAAAAAGAACAUUUGUGCCUAAUGAAAAUCUUGAAACAAAAUUCUUGAAUGAUAAAGAUAAGAAGGAAGACAACACAAAGGAUUCACCAAUGAAAAAGACAUCAAAUUUUGCUGUGCAUUGUGAAGAAGAUAUUGAAGAUAGGGAUGAAAGCAACAUACGUUUCAGUGCCUGUAAAAGAAAUAAUUCAUUAUCAAGAAGUAGAUGUAUCAUAUUAGAUGAUGACUCAGAUGAAGACCACACAAAAAGAACUACACCAAAAGAAAAGGAUACAAAAGUUUGCAGCAAAAAGAAGAAAAUUAGUAUUGCAAAAUCCAGAAAGGAAACUCCUAAAGUUGAAGGCUUGGAAUUUGACGAAGAUCUCACCAAACAGAAAGCUAUUUUAGAACAAGCUAUAAAGACUGGAAUAAGAUUAGGCAAAAAGAUUAAUGAGAAGAAGAGGAAAUGCAAGGAUACUGAUGAUAAAAUAUCACGGAUCAAAGAUCCUUACAGAAAAAGGAAAGGAAGAAAUGUCAUAAUGGAGACAGAAAUUCCAACUUAUCAGGUAGAACAAACCAUUAAUUCAGAUUAUAUAGAAGAUGACAAUAACGACAAGGUGACCACCAAUGAAUAUGAAAUUGAUGUGAAGAAGAGAAAACACAAGGACACUGGUGCUCACACAAUUCGAAACAAAGGUGCUCAUAAAAAAAAAGAAGCAGAAAGACUACUGAUUCAGAGGAGCUAAAGGAAGAACAAAAUGACAAUGUGACAAAUAAGUAUGAGAAGAUUGUACAAAAGAGACAAAACAAGCAAAAAAAAGGACGAAAUGCUAGAAGAUUAAUUAAAAUUAAAGAUUCAGAUGACCACAGAAAAAUUGGUCAUGCUAAUGAUGAUUCUGAUAUAGAAUCAAAGUUUUCAAAGAAUGAGGUAC